AUGGCAUCUCUGGCUGACCACAAUUCUUCGUUCCUCCAGCCCGUAUGUCAAAACUGCGAAACAUCAACGACACCUCUAUGGCGACGCGACGAGUCUGGCGCAGUUCUCUGCAAUGCCUGUGGACUCUUUCUCAAGUUGCAUGGCCGCCCACGACCCAUUAGCCUGAAGACGGACGUUAUCAAGAGUCGCAACCGGGUGAAGACCGCGAAUCAGGGACCAAAGAAGGUCAGUCUGCCAGCAUCGCAGUCUAUGGAUAUAUUACCGAAUGGUGCGCAUAGAAGAGUGUCGCAGAUGAGCGCUCAGGUCAAUCCCCACAGGUCACAGUCGCCAAUAUCGAGAACAGGUACCCCUUCGAUGCACGACCCCAAUAUUGCGCCUCAGCACUUGUUCGACGGCGUUUCCUUGCAAGAUCAUACCUUUCAGACUCCUGCCCUGCCCAACUUGGCCAGUCAUACUUCCCUCGGGUCUUUAUCAGGACUGAACGAUCGCGAGCUUGACCAGCCUUUGUCUUACGAGCAGCUUCUGGCCCAAAACACAGUCCUGAAGACACGAGUAUCGGAGCUUGAGGUUAUUAACAUGAUGUACUCCGACAACGAGAACAACCUCCGACGAGAACGAGACGAAGCGAUCAAAGUACAAGAAGACAUAAGACGCAGACUCGAGGAGCUAGAACAUCGAAUCGAGUCCUCUGAGCUUGAUCGGCCGCACAAGAGAGCGAAAUUGGAAGAGAAAAUGACAACCGAGACAACACAGAAGAGCGCCGGAUCUGGUCAUAUUACUCCACAGGGAGACGAGUGA